CCGUUAGAUCUGCGAAAAGCAAAAGGGUCCUUCAUAAUACGACGUCUCUUUUAGAAGCCGGAAGUCAAACUGUUUUCAGGGCUCAAUUUUCGUCCGUUUAUGGUUGGUUGUUUGAAGUGGAAAGAUGCUGUCUAUAUUCAAGUCCAUCCCCACACACAUGGAUUAUAAAGGCCAAAAGCUGGCCGAACAGAUAUUCCAGGGAAUAAUACUUGUCUCAGCGGUGAUUGGAUUCGUGUAUGGAUUGAUCAUUGAACAGUUUGGCUGGACAGUGUACAUUGUUUUGGCUGGUUUUGCGGUGUCCUGUGUGUUGACCCUGCCGCCGUGGCCAAUGUACAGAAAAAGUCCUCUGUCCUGGCAGCCAGUUCUACCAGAGCCCAAUACAGAGGUGGUGCAAAAACCACAGGAAAGUCUCAAGAAGAAGAAACACAAAUAAAUUGGCUGUCCCUGCCUGGUUUUAGUACACCUUUUUAUGUCAAAGAUUAUUUAGAACUUUGUUACAGUGUUAUGUCAAUAAUAAACAUCUGCUACAGUCUGUA